GUGUACUUAUUGGCAAUAUAUUGUAUACACCCUUUUGGGAGCAUAGCAGGCUCUUCAUGGGACGUUGAGGCAGGUCUACGCGUACGGUACGUUUAAUGCCAACGUUCGUAAUGUUGAUGUUUAGGAGCUAAUAAAGAGUGUGUGUUCCGCUGUGCACUGGGACAAAUCGUCAUACACCCAUUUUCGAGUCCUACAUAUACUGUAUCAUGCGAGUAUCAUGGAAGUGUACACACCGAGCUGGGUUCCGCCCGGAAUCUUCUUACUGGUUAAAGCAGUCCGGUUUCUGAGUUUUUGCUCUAAUAUCCCGUAAAUCCUGCAUUAUUACAACACCUUUCCUGCUGAGGCAGUUUUGUCGUUCUCCUGUGAUGAAAGUGGACUUAACUUUCUAGUGCCCCUAAUUACCUUAUCCGCUUAUCAUCCGCCAAGGUGGAUCACUUGGUCGACCAUUGUUGAGCGAUGAAGGCUGGUUGCUGUUUAUUUGCCAGCCUUUAAUCAUCCACUGUUUAUGGGAAGGGAAUUCGAUUAAUGCAUCCAUUUCUUGAUUGGAACUGCCGAUGGUUUAUUGUCGUAAACUGACAAGAAGUGAAAAAUCGUCCGUCCUUGUCUUCCGUGUGUGUGUCGUCAAGCCGGCGCAUUUUCCUAUAGACAGAGCAUAUUGUUUGGUCUUCUUCGCGUGACACUCGACUAUCCGUUGUUUCCGGCCCUUAUCAUUGGUUGUUCUCCUUUGGGCUACAACACUCUUACCACUGUUUCUUUAUACAUACAUACGUGAGUUUUUGCCCGUCUGUUGCUGCUGAGGCGCUGCUUCUUGCAGGCAGUGUAUAGCGGCUGCAAGGCGAUUCUCUCCUCGCCGCUAGCUGCCGUUGCCGUUCCUAUCUGGCAUCCUUCACUUCCCACCCGGCCAGUGAAGAGAGCCCAGUCUGAUGAAUUCCAAUUAAAUUUUAAGAAGUCAUUGAUGCUAUCGGGAUUGCUCCUCUGCUGUCGGCGAUGCGGCAUGUAAAUCGGAGGAAUUCACGUAUAUAGCAAGCAUCAGCAUCCAGUCCGUUCCACACCGACCGCCAACUAACUGUUAUAUACUAUACACUCGCCCAGCAUCUUCAUUCUGCAGAAUACAUACGCGCCCGCGCAACGAUUCAGUGUAGUCGAAGAAGCAGAAUACAUACGCGCCCGCGCGUGUAUCUGUACACUGCACCGACGCAGCCCGGCUCAGCACGUACACUGGAGUAAAGUGCAUGUUGCCGAAUGCAUAUCCAGCGCCGCCGCCGCGGCCCAUCGUCUCGUUAACAAGAUUUUUGUAACAGCUGCAGCCGAGAUGAACUCAUUAACAUCGAUCCUACACGGACUAUACUGACUGCCAGUCGGCGCUGCGUUUUUUAACGAUCCCGCAUCAUCACUUGACCGCAGCGCAGCUACACGCGUACAAACGCGCCAUUGAAUGGUCGGGAAUUCUCUCCCCGUCAGUGGUCUGUUCGCGGCGUUAUAUUCCUGUGGAGUGUCUACGUACGGUGGGCGAUGCAGCGUUUUCCCCAGCUGCUAUAAUACAGUUUAUGCGCUGGAAAGAAACCGGUGCAAUGAGAUAAAAUUCCCCAAAGAAAUUCGCACCCAACUGACUGCCGAGCUAACGUCAGUAAUUACUGUCAGCGCCGAUAUCAUCUAAUUUGCUUGUAUACGGACUCGGGGAUUUGACUCUCCAGCCAGCGGAAAUAAGAAACUUCCCCUUUCAGCUGAUUAAUUUGAAUCCACCUGGACGUGCAGUGCGAGCGGCACACUGCUAUCGCACCGGUUUGUACGGCGUGCGAGUUGCCAUAUCAUAGACCAAUACACGGCUGCUGUUGCACGGAUGUUACGAUCACGUCAUAUUCGUGUGCAUUGAUUUAACGUACACGAGAUAAAUAAUUAAUUGUACCAUACACACUCCGUUGCAAACAUACAAUACAUGUGUCCAGUGUGCGACGUGCCGAUCUGAUGCGCUGCGUUAUGACGGGACAACCUGAUGGUUUUCUUUCUCCAGACUGUAAUUUAUUAAUCUUCCAUGUGUACUUUAUUACCACCACCGUCCGUUUCCAUUGUCCAUUGUAUUAACUGGCGGAAGCAUAACGGGCUGCAUUUGCUCCAGCUGCCGACACCUGUUAGUACGUGCCUAACGCGACGUCGACGACGGCAGCAGCCGCCACACUCAUCAUCAUCAGCAUCAUCAUCGAUCGUCCCGGCUGUUAAUUGUCCGGUCAUUCAGACCCUCCGGACUACGCUCUCCGGCACGGUGUCUGAUAAGUCAAUUGAUCUUGUGAUUUCACUAACGGACACUGCUAUCAAGCCAAUGACAAUGUCCAAUAAUCCAACCGAGUCACAGCAUCCCACUGCUUCCACAUCCAACUCCACGAGCCCGCUGAGUGGCAGUGCAGCAGCCGCCGCCGCCGCCGCGGCAGCAGCUGCGACGACCGGCACCAGCGAUCAUUUGGCUAAUAACAGCACUGCUAAUAAUCGGAUAGUCAAAGGCACCGCAUCCCAUGGAGCUUAUCCCGAAGAUCAUCCCAACUAUUUGGUGUAUAAAAAGAUGGAAAAGAUUGUGGAGCACAUGCAGAAUGAACAAACGGGAGUGCCUGUUCGAACUGUGAAAAGCUUUAUGACCAAAAUCCCUAGCGUAUUUAUGGGUUCGGAUUUGAUACAGUGGAUGGUGCGUAACUUGGAUGUGGAUGAUCAAACGGAAGCGUUGCAUUUAGCACACCUUAUGGCGGCCCAUGGAUACUUUUUCCCCAUUGAUGACCAUGUGCUUACCGUUAAAAACGACAGCACAUUUUAUAGAUUUCAGACUCCCUACUUUUGGCCUUCCAACUGCUGGGAACCGGAAAAUACCGAUUACGCGGUUUACCUAUGCAAGCGCACCAUGCAAAAUAAAACGCGGCUGGAGCUAACUGAUUAUGAAGCGGAAAAUCUGGCACGAUUACAGAAAAUGUUUUCCCGGAAAUGGGAAUUCAUUUUUAUGCAGGCAGAAGCUCAAUCCAAGGUAGACAAAAAGCGUGAUAAAUUAGAGCGGAAGGUUUUGGAUAGUCAAGAAAGGGCAUUUUGGGAUGUUCACCGGCCAUUUCCUGGCUGUGUAAAUACCACGGAAUUGGACUUCAAAAAAGCUUCCCGAACAAAAAAGGCUUCUAAAGGACUGAGUCGAAUGUCGGCAAAUCAAUUAACUUCAGGAAGUUCAAGUCGUCCUAGAAUAGCAGACGAUCCACAAGUGAUAGAGAUUUUCGUCAAAGAAGUGGACCGGUUACGCCAGCGUUUAGCACGGAGACACCUUAAAAUGUCGGAAAUUUCUAAAUUCCAUAUAGCAUUUUUUGAGCAAUACGCGGAAUACGAUCCAUUCAUAUCUCCGCCGGAGCCUUCUAAUCCUUGGAUAUGUGAUAACCCCGAUCUCUGGGAACAAGAGAAACUUUCCAAAGAUCCUUCCGGCAAGCGCGUAAAGCGAUGGGCUUUCUCCUUAAGGGAACUCCUAAAGGAUCCUAUGGGAAGAGAUCAUUUUAUGAAGUUUUUAGAAAAAGAAGUCAGUGGCGAAAACCUUAGAUUUUGGGAAUCUGUGCAAGAACUCAAACGUCUGCCAAACAAACAGAUUUCCAAUCGCGUGAAGGAAAUUUUUGCGGAAUUCCUGGCACCUGGCGCUCAUUCUCCUGUCAACAUAGAUGCAGUAGCUGCCGAAGUGACAAGGAAACAUAUGCAGAAGCCUUCUAGGUAUACCUUCGAGGAAGCUGCGGAGCACAUUUAUAAUCUAAUGGGCCGCGAUAGCUACCAAAGAUUCCUCCGAUCUGAUCUCUACAAAGAGUUGUUAGCGGGUGCGAAGAAAAAAAGUUCCGUACGUGGACUGCGUUCAGUUAUUAGUUUUCCUGGCCGCAAGGACAACCCCAACGGCCAACAAGUUCAGCCCCUUUCGUAGCACGUACGCUGAUAUUAUAGGGCGCGAGCUAGAAAAAUACAAUCAAAAAUCAAAGUACCAAUUGUACUGUGCUGUUGCUGCUGCACGCCAGGCAAAUUCUUCUCUGUGCAUACAUUGCCCAUGUGAUUAUGCUCUCUGAUCGAAGUGACGGAAUGAUCAGAAAACAUAGUUUUGUCAGAUAUAUUUCAUGUUUUGUUGUGUAUACAGUUAUUAUGGUUAUGAAUGUUUUGCAGCGACAACCCAAGUUAUUUCAAUUGUAUUGACGCGAAUCAACUUGUAUGUUGUCGGUGAUUGCUGUAAUCUUCAAUUAAAGUGCACUGGCCGCAUGUUGCCGCUCAGACGCAAAGUUUGUAUUAAAGAUGUAUCAGUCCGGAAACUGCUUACACUGUUUUUUUGGUACUUUUGGAUCAUUUAUACGUUUUGGUUUGACGAGGUAUGGUCAUCCUACUAGUAGAUAUAUUCUGCUCCAGUAAUGGUGGGCGUACCGCUCUGCAACUGCAUCCGAUCGUUGCAUGGAAAAGCAUGCAUUCCAAUCCGAUGGGAAAUACUGUACUUCUUACUUCACCACAUUUUGACCUUAUGGCACACCAUACACCCACACCGUUC